AUGGAAAAAUAUAACAGAUAUUGGGGAAGUCCUGAUAAGAUGAACAAGAUGAUAUAUUUUGGUAUUAUUCUUGAUCCAAGAUACAAGUUGAGUUACAUUGAGUGGGCGUUUAAGGACAUGUAUGGAGUUGGAUCAAAGUUUGGUAGUGACUUGGUAAAAUCUAUAAAAGAGAAUUUACAAAAGUUGUAUGAUUGGUAUAAGCAAGCUUAUGACCAAGAGCAUAAUUCCAUACAGCCUCUUGGUAGUGGUGGAAAUAAUGUCUCCAAUGAUGAAACAAAUGCAUCUGUUGCCCGUUCAUCACUUAUGGCUAGAGCCGAUGCUUUUGAGCAACAUUUAGAGGAGCAAGACUCGAUUGAUCAACAAAAUGAGCUUGAGGUGUAUAAUUCUAGUAAGUGUGUCAAAAAGGAUCCUAACUUUGACAUUCUUGUGUGGUGGAAAUGUAAUUCAAUCGAAUAUCCUAUUUUAUCUACAAUGGCUAAAGAUAUUUUAGCCACACCAGUGUCUACUGUUGCUUCUGAAAGUGCUUUUAGCACAGGAGGGAGAGUCAUAGAAACCUAUAGGAGUUCUCUAACUGCUGAAAUGGCCGAGGCUUUAGUUUGCACCCAGAAUUGGUUAAGGCCUUCUUUUACCUAUUUCAAAGAUAUGAAUCUCAUGGAAGAUUUUGAGCUUUCAGAAGAUAUUGUAACAGAACAUCCAUGGAUGAAAGAAGGUGGAGAAGCAUCUGAUAAGCCAAUUGAUAGUGUUGUUCUAUCUAGAAUGAAACAGUUCAGAGCAAUGAAUAAGUUCAAGAAACUUGCAUUGAAGGUUAUGGAUGAAAAUCUAUCAGAAGAAGAGAUUAAAGGUCUCAAGGCAAUGUUUGCAAACAUGGACACUGAUGGUAGUGGCACCAUCACCUAUGAAGAAUUGAAGACAGGUUUGGCUCGAAUUGGAUCAAGACUGUCCGAGACUGAAGUGAAGCAACUUAUGGAAGCUGCCGAUGUUGAUGGAAAUGGGUCGAUUGACUAUCUUGAAUUCAUAUCGGCCACAAUGCAUAGGCACAGACUUGAACGGGAUGAGCAUCUUUACAAGGCAUUUCAGUAUUUUGAUAAGGACAAUAGCGGGCAUAUUACUAGAGAAGAAUUAGAGACUGCCAUGACAAAGCAUGGAAUAGCUGAUGAAGCAACAAUAAAGGAUAUAAUUUCUGAGCUGGAUACAGAUAAUGAUGGGAGAAUAAACUAUGAGGAAUUCUGUGCAAUGAUGAGAAGUGGAAUGCCACAACAGAACCAGGGACCACUAUUUUAAAUCUACUGAAAGAAGUCAAUUUCACAUGUGAUUCUUCAUGAAAGCCAAUUGGUUGAGAGAGACUUAAAGUUGUAGAUUCGGCAAGUAC